AUGGCAGCAGACCCCUUCGCUCCUGCGUUCGAUCAACCCCCACAGUUCGACGCUGAAAAAAGACGUAUUCGGGAUUUGUCUAGGUAUUACUGUGCCUUUCGCCAACCGCCUACUUCUUCCGACGAUCCUCUGGCGCUAAUUGAACCCGACGAACAGCCGGAUGGGCCAUCGCUUUCGAAGGAUAUCGUCCUGACUGCCCUCGUGCAGUUGGGUGUUUAUCGAUUCGGUUUCAACCGGGCAUUUGUGUCUCUCAUUGAUAACCAGAACCAGCAUAUAAUAUCCGAAGCCACGGCAUCCAUAUCCUUACGGAACCGUAACAUCCAUCUCCCCGACGAUGGAAUAUAUCUCGGUGUUACGAAGUUAGAUCUCCUUUUUGGUGUUUGUCCUGAUGUGAUGAAAUUAUUUACCGGUCAGGAUGUGCCGGAACUUCGUAAUACGACUAAUAUGACUGCGAAUCCGACCCGUUUCAUCGUUCGCGAUUUUACAAAGGAAGAGGGUUUCAAGGAUAGACCAUAUGUUACCGGAUGGCCUCAUUUCAGAUUUUAUGCCGAAGUGCCUGUGUACAGCCCUGCAGGCUACGUACUUGGCAGUUUCUGUGUGGUAGAUGAUAAGCCACGACAAGACUUCGUGGACGCAGACGUUGCAGCUCUACAAGAAAUUUCCGACUCGAUUGCCCGUCAUCUCGAGAACGUUAGAACUGUGCAUUCCCAUGAACGAGCAGAUCGACUAGUGCAAGGCUUGAUGAGUUUUGUUAAGGGUCGACCAGACGAUGCAGCGUCAUCUACAGCAACCCUACAAGAGGUCGUUGGUCGACUGGAAAGCUUGCCCCCUCUGUCAAAGCAACCAUCUCCAGAUGAUGGACGACCCUUGUCUCCAUCAAGCAAAGUGACCGGAGAGGCCUUGCCAACUCAAUUGACGCAAGAUUCACCCACAGUCACAAGGAAUAUCUCUUCAUCGUCGCUACCACAGGAGUCCGGUACAUCUCAGCCUUCCAUCUAUAGUAUUACCAAAGACAAAAUACGCAAAAUUUUAACCGAAGAGGAGCACCAUAGCACACAAACCACUAGACCCGGCACACCUCUCAUAACCGUCAAUGAAAGCGUUCCUAUCUCGAGACGAGUGGAUGCAUUGUUCUCCCAUGCAAGCAUUUUGCUCAGGGAUUCGAUGGAUUUGGAUGGUGUGCUAUUCUUAGAUGCUUGUCGCUGCAAUUUCGGAAUCGGACCGGUGGAAAUGACAAACUGGGAGCCAUUUCCUACAGCUGUUGAUGCUGCUUUCACAUCACGCCCUCCAAGCCUUCCCUCUGAAAAUAAUAAGGAUGCAUUCUGCAAAGUUCUCGGUUCCGCAUCUACGGAAGUCGCCCAUGGAACCGCUUCAGAUACUCCUUCCACAGGCUUCGUAACGGAAGCCUUUCUUCAACAUUUGGUUAUCAGUUAUCCCGAAGGAGAGAUCUUUGAUCUAGAUGGAGUCGUUCCCUCCAAUGUUGGGGAGUUAAAAAGAAUAGGGCUCGAAAGAAGAUCUCGUAUACGACCAUUUGAGAAUGGCCGCCAGUCGCCUGCAAGCGAGCGCAAUGCUCUUCAGGCAACAUCAUCACGCUUGGUAAAUUAUUUCCCCGGCGCAAAAACCGUCGUCUUUCUACCACUUUGGGACUGGAACAAGGGCAAUUGGCUGGCGGGUACCCUUAUAUGGAGCCGAGACAGUGAACGGCCUCUUGAACUAGAAGAAUUCCACUACUUCAAGAUAUUUGGGAAUACAAUUAUUUCAGAGAUCGCAAAAGCGAAAUCUCUUGAGCUCGAAAAUUCAAAAUCAGACUUUAUUUCAUCAGUUAGUCACGAGCUGCGAUCACCACUACAUGGAGUGCUAGCUAGUGCGGAGUUACUGCUUGAGGCUUCAUUAGAACCUGAUCAGCAUGAUUUGGUGAAGAUGAUUGAAACGUGCGGUCUUACUCUUUUGGAUACGAUGAAUCACCUCCUAGACUUCACUAAAAUCAAUAAUCUUAUGACUAUGGAGGAAGACGCAAACCCUUUUAAUGAUCCCUCUACGACUUUGGCGACUGUGUUCGACCUCGAUGUGCUUUUAGAAGAGGUUGUUAGUGCUCUUUAUGCCGGGAAAUUACAUGUUCCACGUUACGCGGGUACUGCGGCUGCUGAGGAGAAAGAAAAGAUUAAACAAAUUAUGGGAAAUAUGUCUGUAGUCCUGCGUGUGACGGACCAGAGCAAUUGGAAAAUGCGAUCUAUUUCGGGCGCGUGGAGACGGAUUAUUAUGAAUAUCUUCGGCAAUGCGCUCAAAUAUACACAAGCGGGUUUCAUUGAGGUCUCAUUAACCAAACUCAAGAAAAAGCCAGAAGCAUCCGCGUCGGAAUUUGCUCACUUGUCAAUAACUGAUACCGGAUGUGGAAUGUCAGCUGACUUUCUCAAGAACAAGCUAUUUUCUCCCUUUGCACAGGAGGACACGCUUUCUGAAGGAGUCGGGCUGGGAAUGAGCAUUGUACAGCAGCUUAUUGGUCUCAUGAAGGGCACGAUCGACGUGAAGAGUGAAUCCGAAACAGGUACUCAAGUGGAUAUUUUCCUUCCAAUUUCGUCAGUUCCAGCAUCGCCUGCGCCGUCGAGGACAUCAACAUCUUUCAAAACACAAUUCUGCCUCAUAGGAUUUAACGGGUAUUCUGACGUGACAGAAGUACCGUCGGGCAGUUUGAGUCUUGAGGCAAAACGCAGACUUUGUGUACAGAGCUUCCUCACUCAUGUGAUUACACAGUAUCCUGGUUGGGAUGUCUCUUUUGUUGAGACACCUGAAAAAGCAGUCGGCGAUGUCGCCAUCAUCGAAGAAACAACACUGGAGCAGAUUGCCGCAGACGAGUCACUGCAAUCGACGGACACGAUUAAUUUCAGUCGAUUGUUGGUCUUGCGCAAUGGACCACCAUCAUCAAGCAUUGUCAAGCUCAUCAACAUCAAAGCAGAUGUCGUUCAUACCAUACAUCCACCUUUCUGUGCUCGUAAAAUCUUGGAAGCUCUGAAAUGGACCUCAGAAAUGAAGAGUCUGUCAGCAAUAUCGUCGAACAGUGCUUUGACCACCGAUGAAACUCUAUCAACAAGCUCUGCAGCAAAGCCGGCUGUAGCGGCAGAUCCUACAGAAGUCAUAUCAAUCCGGACUAGACAGUCGAUACCGACAUUAGACGUCAUGACGCCUGUGUCAGAGCGUGACAGCUUUUUGGAAAGUAACCAGAGUCUUCACGUUCUCAUUGUGGAUGAUAACGAUAUCAACCUCAAGGUUCUUUCGACAUUUAUUCGGAAACUAGGUCAUACAUAUGAGACUGCGUCAAAUGGAUUGAUAGCGCUGAACAAGUAUAAAGAGAGCUCCACGCCGUUCAACCUUGUGCUAAUGGAUAUCUCAAUGCCAGUUAUGGAUGGUCUAGUUGCGACUAGUCAGAUAAGAGGUUUCGAAAAGCAGAAGUCACUCUCACCCGUUACUGUUCUUGCGGUUACUGGGGUUGCUUCGGCUACAAUGCAAGAGCAAGCUGUAGCAGCGGGAAUCGACAACUAUUUGAUUAAGCCACUUAAUCUACAACAACUCAAACGAGCUAUUGAGAAGAGUCAUAUAUGA